ACAGUCAGAGUGAAACUGAAAGUAAAAACCAGACCCGCACGUACCGAAGAGGAUCGCGCCUGGACAGCAGAGCCCCCUCAUUCCCUCCCUGAUGUGAGCGACCACUGAGGUGUCCGUGAAGAGGAGCGUGUUGGGUAUCAGGAAAACAUGGCCUCCAUUGGUACCUGCCUGUUUCUUUUUGCUGUCAUCUGUGUUGCCGCAGGAAAUUCAAAAAACGACUUCGUAACGGUUAACUGCGAUGCUGAAAUUGUGGGAAUGGUGGGCCAUCAGUCGCUGCUGAAUUGCAGCCUCCAGCUGUCAGCUGAAGUGUCGGACGUCAACAUCCGAGUGGUGAGGUGGAGCAAAAAAGGGAGAAAGCUUCCCGUGAUGGUUUACUAUGAAGGAAAAUGGAACAAGGCCCCAGGCUACGACGUCGCUGAAUCAUCCUGGAACGAAAAGAGCUCCAACUUAUCGAUGCUCAUCACCAGCACCUCAGUGACGGACGAUGGAGAAUAUACGUGCACUGUGGUCACAGACAGUGGCAGGAGUGAGGGAAGCACAAGCCUCAGAGUGAGAGCCAAAUACAGUCCACCAGAAGUCCACUCCAUCCCUGAGAAAAUAAUUGAGAAUCAAGACAGCUCGCUGAUUUGUGAGACUGGUGGAGGAUACCCUGAAGGUAAAAUUCGCUGGCUCGAUGUUCAUGACAAGGAUUGGACAGCAAGCUCCGAGAUGGAGGCCAAACAGACAGACGACGGACUGUUUCAGCUGUCGAGCAAGCUCCUUCUGAAGAGAGGAUCCACUUUCGACGAGUACAAAUGUGUUGUGUACAACGCCAGAGGAUCAAAAGAGAUGGAGGUCACCUUUAAACCAUCACCUGAAAAGCAGAAAGGGCCUGAAACGCACAAUCCCACCCAUUACGUGGCUCCUCUGGUGGUCAUCGGAUCACUGGCUGUCGGAUUGUUGCUGUUGUUGGUGCUGUGUCGUCGAAGGCAGACUCAACUGGCUCGGAGGCCGUCCACAAGACCCCUCAUGAAUAACCCACAAGAAGUUCCUACUCAGGAUUACGAUGUUGAGAAAGGUGACGAUCAGAAGACGGAUCAAUAAUGUGAGCACAGCCUGAGGAGAGUCCCCGCCAGUGCAGCCAGCUUACUGGAACCUUCCAGAAUCAACUCUUCCUUGUUUGAGCAACGCCACUCUGCCGUUGUAAUUUUGCUCUCGCAUGUGAUUUAUUACAUGAUUGAUGAUAAUCAUUCACCCGCGCUCCGCCGGUGAGCAUUCUUAUGUGAUGUCUAACUCAGAUAAAUAGAAAAUAAAAAUCUCAGGAGAAGCCAGAGGGUCCACUUCAAACCUGACAAACAUUCAAAUAAAGUGCCAUAGAAAAACACCACUAUUCAGGGGCUAAAACUGCUGUUUUGUGAUUGAUUUUGUUGACGUUGAUUAGGUGCUGGUAGUUGGAGGAAACAUUUUUUUAAAGAAGAUAAAGUUGUUUUUGUUCAUCCCACGCAGUAAAUGUAGCCUCGGCCACGGUGGGCGUGGCCUUUCUUCUAAGGUUCCAGGAAGAAAUUUUAAAUGUCUGGUGUGUGCGAGCAUGCGUGAGCGUGAGCAUGUGUGUCUGUGUGUGUGUAAGCACCUUCACUGACUAAACGAUUGCUAUAAUUUUCCAGAUUAUAUUUGCAAAAGUUGUUGGAGCUGCAUGUGUGAAAGUCUUCAGAGAGAUUUCAGAGAGUAAAUAGGAUGAAUCUACAAAAGACCAGAGGAGUCCACUUUUUUUUCUUUUUUUUAAUAUCUUUUAAUAUAUUAUUAAACCUUACUAAGCUGUCUGUGCAAUUUAGAUUUUGAUGAAUUUGUGACUACUGAAAAUGAAAGUAGUUAAAAAGUCAUUUAAGUCUAAUAAGUCUGUGACAAAGUGUACAUUAAAGUACAUCCUGUAGGACGGACUCAGAGUUUUUGUAUUGUUGAAGGAUUAUAUAUCUCCAGUUAUGACGAGAUAUUUUUGGGAUACUGUAAAAAAAAAAAUCAAGCAACAUAAUUUUAGUAAUAUGCGGACAACAGAAGAUUUCAGCAUGUUUAGAAGGGUGAGCAGAGAGCACACACACUCACACACUGAAAUAUUUGAUGACACUUGUAUAACACAAGAUUGUGGGAAAACAGGCAGAGAUGCUGAAUUGAGUUGAAUUGAAUUGAAUUGAAAAUCCUUUAUUAGUUCCUCAGGGGGAAAUUUAAAAUGUCACAACAGCAACGUGACAGUAUAAUAAGAAAAACGGACAACAAAAAAAAUGAAUGAUAAAUUUAAACACAUCAACUUAUGUGCAAUUUAAAUCGGGAAAACUGAUGUAUAUUUAUACAUAGAUAGAUAAAUAGAUAUAGAUGAUUGUCUUUAGUCACUGUGAAAGGGUCUCUGUACCUGAAUUGCGGCGUUAUUCAAUAAUCAUGCUGGCCAUGUGGACAUGCGAACUCUUUAAAUGUAAAUGUAAAGCCGGUGUGUCUGUAGGUCUCACUUCCUGGGAACAUUUAGCUUUGGUUAGACUGACAUCCAUAUUUCUCACUUUCACAUCACAUGAUCAGCACUACACUCAGCAGCUACCGCGAACUGUUUUCUGUGUUUCAGUAGGAUCUUUGAGUCAUUGUGUAACCUUUGACAGCAGAGUAAUUGUUUUUUGGUUUUUAUUUGUUUAAUCCACUCUUGGCAGUUUAUCACCGGGUCUUCAUUUCUUAUCCUCAUCGGGUUGAUGGGAGCCUGACGUUCAAGAUCCACGUCAGAGCAGAGUGAAACUUGGCACCAUGUGACCGUCGUGGUGUGAAAGUUAGGAAGCAAGUUUGUGUCCAGAAGUUUGGCGGUUUGAUCACAUGAUCUGAAAAACUGUAACACAAUGUGAUUGAAGUUAAACUGUGACUUGGAUCAGCACUGUUGUGAAUGUUGACAUGUUUUUUAGGAACAUGAAGACUGUUGAAUUCACAAAGACACAAUGUUUUUUUGUAAAUAUCCAGCUCAUAUGUUUCAUUCACUGUUGGCGUUUUAUUUUUCUAUGGUAAUGAUGCACGUUAUUGAUUUAUGCUUAAAUAUUUCUGCAUGAUUUUUCAUUCUAUUCACUGUUCACAUCCUCUAUAAUAAAAAGCAAACUGAAAAGCCUCGA